CGAACAGAACACACCGAAAGCCGAAAAGCCAAAAACCAGAACCGAUCAAAAGGCAAAAACGAAAAGGAUUUUGAGAUUCAUUCUCUGUUAUCUUCUUCCUGAAUCUACAUUUGUGUAAGGAAGCUCGGGUUUCAAUCACAUUUCUUCGUAAAUUUUUAUUGUCCAUUCAGACAAUACGUUUAGAUCUUCCUAAUGAGUCGUUACGAUAACAAUCCUUUCGACGAAGACGUCAAUCCCUUUUCUAAUCCUGGAGUUGGAAAUGUUCCACCUGCAAACUUGAGGCUCUCGCCUCUCCCCCCUGAAACUUAUGAUCGUGGUGCAACAAUUGAUAUUCCUCUUGAUACUAUGAAGGAGUUGCAAGCUAAGGAGAAGGCACUUCAAGCUAAAGAAGCUGAAUUAAAGAAAAGGGAGCAGGCUUUAAAACGGCGGGAAGAUGCCAUUUCAAGAGCUGGAAUUAUUAUUGAGGAGAAAAAUUGGCCACCAUUUUUUCCUCUUAUCCAUCAUGAUAUUACAAAUGAAAUACCCAUCCAUCUACAACACAUUCAGUAUGUUGCCUUCACAACGUUGUUGGGUUUGGUUGUGUGCCUUUUGUGGAACAUUGUAGCAGUUACGGUUGCUUGGAUCAAAGGGGAAGGUCCAACAAUAUGGUUUCUUGCGAUCAUCUACUUCAUAUCUGGUGUACCUGGAGCAUAUGUUGGGUGGUAUCGGCCUCUCUAUCGUGCUACAAGGACCGAUAGUGCUCUGAAGUUUGGGUGGUUUUUUCUAGUUUACUCGAUUCAUAUUGGUUUCUGCGUAUUUUCUUCAAUUGCUCCUCCCAUUAUAUUUAGGGGGAAGUCUCUUACAGGGAUCUUACCUGCUAUAGACUUGUUGAGUACUAAUGCUGUGGUUGGGACAUUCUACUUCAUUGGUUUUGCAUUCUUCUGCAUUGAAUCACUGAUCAGCAUAUGGGUUAUCCAGCAAGUUUACAUGUAUUUCCGAGGUAGCGGUAAGGCCGCAGAAAUGAAACGUGCAGCCGCCAUGGGGACCCUGAGGGCAGCUUUUUGAUAUGAACAUCCAAACUGGUUCGCGCAAGGAAAAUCCAUUAUUUUGAUAACCUUCAUUACACCAACAGUUUACAUAUAGUGAGGUCCCUUACCGCUUGACCCUUUAUUGUGAUUCUUUGCAUAUAGUGAGAUCCUUGUAUUUUAUUGUUACUGUUUUUUGGGGUUAAAUUAUAAAAAAAUACGCUUGACCCUUUAUUCAAAAGUAUUUGUAUAUUUUCAAAAGCUACCAUUUUUGUUUCUAAACUACUAUUGGAGGAUGAAUCUUUUAUAAUU